AAAGUAAAACGCAAGAUCAGAUUAUUUACAGAAACACCCCCCUACCGGUCUUCUCCCAACCUUCUUCCUCUUGUCUUCUCUUCUUCCGUUCUCCCCGUUCUUCUUUAACUCUCCCCAUCGAUAAGCAAGAAGAAUCUCCAUCGAUUAGCAAGAAGAAAGAAGGAAUAAAGAAGAAGAAGAAGCAUGGGCCAAUCAUCAAGCAAUUCGAGAAGAAACGACUACCACCGUCAAAAUCCCUCGUUCUCCUACUCCUCUCCUCCUCCUGGUCCGAACCAGUCCGCUACUUCUUCCUCUCAUCUCCCGAUAUCUCCGCCGCUUCCACCGCCAUCGCAGCCGCCGCCGCCUCGCUCCAACUAUAGCACGCCCUACCCGAUGCCUUCGCCUCCUAACCCUAGCACUUCUUAUUACCACCAAUCCAGCCCUUGGACGUGCCGGCCUCAGCACCCACAGCACUAUGGCCCCGGUCGGACCGGUGGUUGGUGGAUGCCACCGCCUCCGCCGCCGCCGAUCCACUCUCCCGGGAUGGCUGGUCAGCCGCCGGCGCUGCCGCCGCCACCGUUCGUCGAGCAGACCAAGACGGUGAAGAACGAUGUCAACGUGCAUAAGGAUUCGAUACGGCUGGUGCCUGAUGAGCAGAACCCCGAUGAUCAUCUGGUCUCUUUCACCUUUGACGCCAUGGUCGAUGGGAGUGUUACAAUUUAUUACUUCGCCAAGGAAGGGGCCAAUGCCACUAUCUCUUCUAUAUAUGUGGAUAUAUACACACCUAAAGGAAUAACCUUUCUUAAGGGACUUGGACAGACAUUCAUCCAACCUUCAGGAUCUGGUAUUGACUUGGGAUUCUUCGAUUUGGAUGAGCUCUCAAAGCCAUUAGAAGGUGAUGUCUUCCCUUUGGUAAUAUAUGCCAAAUCUUGCCGACCAUCCCCAUCCAAAGAUGUUCAUGGUAUCCAAUCUUCAAGUCCUGCUCAUGCGCAGAUCACUCAAGCUGUCAUAGAGAAGAGUGAUGAUGGGAAUUUUAAAGUCAAGGUAGUAAAGCAGAUAUUGUGGGUUGAAGACGAACGAUAUGAACUACAAGAAAUCUUCGGCCUGAGCCCAGUUGAAGCAAAAAUUAGUGGUGGAGAUGAUGAUGAUAUGGGAAAAGAAUGCGUAAUCUGUCUGUCAGAACCAAGAGAUACCACUGUACUUCCUUGUCGGCACAUGUGCAUGUGUGGUGAGUGCGCUAAAGCAUUAAGGCUGCAAUCAAAUAAAUGUCCUAUAUGCCGUCAACCUGUUGAACAAUUGAUGGAGAUUAAGGUCAAUACCGCUGACCCAUGAUAGACUUCAAGGUUUCUUGGUAUGUUAGGUUUUGCAAAAAAAUUUUCUUAGUGUGUGUGUAUCUGUUUUGAAUAAAGUUGGUGACUUUCAUGUACAUUGAUAUAUGUAUACAGCUUCAUAUUGCAAUGUUGAAAGUUGAAAGUAUAUUAAUCUUUUAUCACAAUAUCUGUGUACCCAUGUCAGUUGAGUCAGCUGUCUGUGAUUGUGUUGAAUCUUGUCCAGUUUGGUUAUAUUGCACUGUUGUUGUUCAACAGUUAAAAUAUUGAAUUCCUCUGUUGUUA